AAUAAGUUAUUAAUACAUGACUCACCGUCUACAUAUUGUCUUAAUCAAUUUUCCAACAAAGAUACGACUUGUCACAGAACAAAGCAUGCAAUGAUGGAUCAUGCGAUAAAAAGAAGAUAACAUUAAGAAAAGAGAAAAAAAAGUAAAUAGUAGACAUGUUAUAAAUUUAUCAUGACCAUUGUUUGCCAAUUUCAACAAAGUUGGCCCUCCAGAUUUAAUAAUUCAAUAUUUCUUUUCUUACAUAGUUAUUUAUAGCACACAAUCUCUUCUUGGACCCUAAAGUCAUCAAGAAGAAAGAAAACCCGUAUAUACAAAAUUUCUUAUUUCACCCAUUUGAUUGUGUUCUUGAAGGUUUCUUCGCGAAAUGGAUGAAAGGAAAAUUAAGCUUCACGUUUUGUUACUCUCGUUCAUACUCAUCUCCAUAGCUCCUUCGAUUCACGGAUUCAAAAUGAGAGGCAUUACUAGAUCUGAGCCGGAAGCAUUUCACGGCGGAAAGUAUUUCCCGACAAUGAAGAGCAGGAAGUUGAUGGCUACGAAACUGGAAGUUGAUUAUUCAGGUGAUUAUGAUGAUGGAGCCUCUUCAGCAUCACCAUCACCACCAGUGCCUGAUUAUGAUGAUGAUAUCUAUAAAAGGCAAGGUGAUGUCCCAAGCCCCGGUAUUGGCCACUGAUGAUACGUUUUCAUGUGUAUUCUCUACACAUAUACUACAUUUCAGCAUUUUGCAUUAUAUAUUUAUACAUACAUGUUUGUUUUCUUGUUCAUGUAUGUUUUUUGUCCUAAAAGGUCGCGUCUCCACAUGAUCAUUUUUUGUUGCUUUUUCUUCAUUUUUGAAAUCUAUACAUUUUAAUUAUGUCUUUUUUUAUAUAAAUAGUGAUCUCUAUAUUGAAUUGUCUCGUUUUCUCGUGUUGAUGGGAGCUUCUUGUAUGUAUGUUUCAUACUCACUAUUUCAUUAGAUAAACCUGUAUUUUUCUUUUAAAGAAAAACGUAAUCGGUAGUUGGAAGUGAUUUUAAACAAUAUAUAAAAAUAACAUGUUUCUACUUGGUUCGUGAGAUUAAUUUAAUUAAUAUAAUAACGUUAUAUUAAUCGUUCGAAGGAAUCCAAAUUUACAUUAAAACAAUUGAUGAACCAAACGGGUUUACACAGGUGUAUAUUAAAUUUCAUGUUUUCAAAAAUAUUAUUUGAGAUUAAUAAAAGGCGGCAAAAACACAAAAACAUUCCGUCAGUUGUUGACAAAAAGAACACUGUGUCAGUUGUGCAGUCUUUGCUAUUAAACCAAUAUUCACCAUAU